CCCUGCCGCCACCCCCUGAACGACCGUAAUUGCACUAUUUAGUUUACUUAGAAUAGAAAAAAGUGUCACUGUACGCGCCUGCGCUCUGGAUCCAGCGGACUUAUCAAAUUCGUUAAUCUAAUCUUGGCAUAAGCGCAGCCCGCCCCGAUUUUCAUCCUCUGCCGAACCGCACUCGGUUAGUUUCGCUCCGAAGCCGCUCCCGCUCGCAUCGCCCAGGAGGUGUAACCUAGAAAAAGUGACUCCCCAAUAUGACUUCGUCUCUCCUGCCCGGUAACAUUGUGUACGGCGGUCCUGUGACCGCUCGGGAGGCCCAGGACUCUAGAUCCGUCGGCCAGUAUGUACUGGACCAAUACAAGAGCUUCGGCGACCAGACUGUGCUGGUGGAUGCCGUCAACGGAGUGGAGUACACCGCCAGCUUCAUGCACAAGUCCAUUGUCCGCCUCGCUUACAUUCUCCAGAAAUUGGGCGUGAAACAGAACGACGUCAUCGGUCUGUCCAGCGAGAACAGCGUUAACUUUGCCCUGGCCAUGUUCGCCGGCUUUGCAGUGGGUGCUACAGUGGCUCCUCUUAACGUGACCUACUCGGAUCGCGAGGUCGAUCAUGCCAUUAACCUAUCCAAGCCCAAGAUCAUAUUCGCCUCCAAGCUUACUUUGGAUCGAGUGGCCAAGGUGGCUAGCAAAAACAAGUUCGUCAAAGGCAUCAUCGCCAUCAACGGCAGCUCCAAGAACUUCAAGAACAUCCAUGACCUCAAGGAUCUGAUGGACAACGACAAGUUCAAGACCCCAUCGGAGUUCACGUCCCCGCAGGCUAAUAAGAACGAGGAUGUGGCCCUGAUUGUGUGCUCUUCGGGAACCACGGGACUGCCCAAGGGCGUGCAGCUCACUCAGAUGAAUCUGGCGGCCACCCUCGACUCACAAAUCCAGCCCACGGUGAUCCCCAUGGAGGAGGUUACUCUGCUGACCGUCAUUCCUUGGUUCCAUGCCUUCGGCUGUCUUACUCUCAUCACCACUGCCUGCAGGGGUGCCCGCCUGGUGUACCUGCCCAAAUUCGAGGAGAACUUGUUUUUGUCGGCGAUCGAGAAGUACCGCGUGAUGAUGGCCUUCAUGGUGCCCCCGCUAAUGGUGUUCUUGGCCAAGCACCCCAUCGUGGACAAGUACGAUCUGUCCUCGCUGAUGGUUCUGCUGUGUGGAGCCGCACCCCUGAGUCGCGAGACCGAGGACCAGAUCAAGGAGCGCAUCGGUGUGCCAUUCAUCCGCCAGGGGUACGGACUGAGCGAGUCCACGUUGAGCGUGCUAACGCAGAACGAUGACUUCUGCAAACCUGGUAGCGUGGGCGUGCUCAAGGUGGGCAUCUACGCCAAGGUCAUCGAUCCGGAUACCGGCAAGAUUCUGGGUGCCAACGAGCGCGGAGAGCUGUGCUUCAAGGGCGACGGCAUCAUGAAGGGCUACAUCGGGGACUCCAAGUCCACCCAGACGGCCAUCAAGGACGGGUGGCUGCACACGGGUGACAUUGGGUACUACGAUGACGAUUUCGAGUUCUUCAUCGUGGACCGCAUCAAGGAGCUGAUCAAGUACAAGGGUUUCCAGGUGCCUCCAGCCGAGAUUGAGGCGCUGCUGCUCACCCACGAGAAGAUCAAGGAUGCGGCGGUCAUUGGCAAGCCGGACGAAGAGGCCGGCGAGCUGCCGCUGGCCUUCGUGGUGAAGCAAGCCAAUGUCCAGCUGAGCGAGAAUGAUGUCAUUCAGUUCGUGAACGAGCUCGCCUCGCCGGCCAAGCGGCUUAGGGGUGGCGUGAUCUUCGUGGACGAAAUUCCAAAGAACCCUAGCGGGAAGAUCCUGCGCCGCGUCCUGCGUAACAUGCUCAAGAAGCCAAAGUCCAAGUUGUAAGGGGAUCGGAUCCCCCCUUUCGUGUGCGUGUACAAAGAGUUUACUAUGUGUAUGAUUUAUUAUUGCUAAACUUUGUUUUAUAAACUACCAACUGGUUGGGUUUUCGAUUUA